AUGACUCUUCUCCGUCGAGUGCUAUUUUUUCUAUUUCUGCUCCUGACAAUUCCUACAGUAUGCUCGUUCUGGAGGAGCCCAAUGAAUAUCAAGUCUGAGACACCUCCUGAGGAUUUCUUGACGCCAGAAAUGGAAGCCCGAAUCUUGCGCCGAUUGUGGAAAGACCCGUAUCAACUCGGAGGUGGCUCGCGCCCGCUGUGGGGC